UUUGUAAAUAAGAAAAGUGUUGAUUUAUUUUCUCAAAGUUAUUUUUCUCGCUCUUCAUUUUCCACGCAUCCAAUCAGAGGGUAAGUAACAGAACAGGCAUUGAGACAAAACUAGUUCUACUUUGUUGAGCUUGAAGCUAGGGAGGUGUGCCGGCUCGCUAGAUGUUCCAAUUUCCAAAACUCCAGUGGUUCGUCAGCUGCACACAGCGACCACUCUUCAAGGGUAGAAAGCUAACCAUCAUCAGCUUAACCAUAACCAAACACUUAUGUAGUAAGCCACACAUGAUCGUCUCUGCUUCUGGCUUCUGGGUCUAAUGGUUACAGUCAUUUUUAUCCUCCUAAUGCCUUUUUUCUCCACUCUCAUUUGAUAUUUUUCGCUUUUGACUGAUACCCAUUCGGCCUAAUCCCUUUUGGCCAGCCGAAAAGUUUACUUAUUUUCUAAUUCACCUACCACUAAUCCCUAAACCCCACCCAUUAAGUUUUUAUUUUUCUGGAAGCAAAAGAAACUUGUGAAAAGCUUCCACCUUUUGCUUAGAGGAGCUAAUUCCGCAGAUCUAUAACCUUGGAACCCCUUGUUUUUAAGAUUAAACCUGAUUUUUUUAGCAGGUUUUUCUUGUUUUUCUUAUGAAAGUUCAUACCCACUUUUCAUUUUUUACUUUUUAUUUUUAAAAUUUUUCCAUUUCGUUCUGGAUUUUUCUGGUGCUGUUAAGCAAAGAUGACAAUUAGGUUUCAAUGAAAGGGGUUCUUUUUGAUUUCUGCCUGAAUCUAUAGAUCUAUAGGCUUCAACUCCCUUUUUUUUUUUUUUGAAGAUAGAGUGUGGGCAUUGUUUGUUGAAGCAGAGAUGAUUCAUUUGUUAUUCUUAGUUCUCUUUGCUGAGGGAGUUGUGGCAUUCUUAUUACUGGUAAAGAUUGGUCCCUUGAGAGAGUUAGUAAUAAAGAGUUUGGAUCAACUGAAGAUGGGAAAGGGUCCAGCCACGGUGAAGACCAUUGCUAGUACCAUGUCUGUGAUUCUUGUUUCAAGCCUUAUGAGUAUCAUUAAGAUCCAAAACAAGGGUGCAAAGCUUGGCACUAUGUCACCUAUGGAUCAGGUUCUCUGGAGGACCUACUUGCUUGAGGCAUCACUCAUGGGUUUCACACUAUUUCUUGGGUUCAUGAUUGAUCGUGUGCACCACUAUCUUACAAAACUUAUUGGAUUGAGAAGUAGUAUUGGAUCUUCAAAAGAAGAAGCUGAAAGGCUUCAGAAAGAUAAAAUGCAGCUUAAAGAGAAGGAGGAGAAAGCUUCCAAUGAAAUAAAGCUACUAAAGGAGCAAAUUUCUACUCUAUCAGAGAAUUUGAACAAGCUGAAGUUGGAAAAUGAAGUGAAGGAGAAGCAGAUUGAAACUGCCGAAGCCCAUGUUGCUUCUCUUCAGAAACAAUCUGCUGACCUAUUACUUGAAUAUGACCGUUUGCUAGAAGACAACCAAAAUCUUCAGGCUCAAGGUCUAGGAUACAAGGGCUGAGAAAAUUUUGAAAUUUGCCAAGUAAGUAAUUCAGGUUUUGUGAAGUAUUUUUGUUCACUGAGUUUUGGCAGAAAACGUCCCUGACUCAUGGAAAUGGCCAUUAUUCAAUGCAUCUUAGUAGGGUAAAAGGAGGCAUUGGCAACAUUUCCCAGAACAGAGAAUGGUUCCAAUUGACCAGGAUCAGAAAUUUUGUAAUUCUUAAAUCUAGAAUCUUUGGUUCUGCCAUCUUUGUUUUCUAUUGUUGAUAGCGGCUUUUUCUCUCUAUUUAACUUUCUCCAACGGGUAUAGUCAUGUGACUUAGAUUGUUGAUGGCAUUCAUAUAUUUGAAACUGGUGGAGAUAGUUGGGAACUUGGAAUUAUUCGUAAAUGUAUUAUGCUUUCUCUUUCUUC